GUCUAUUUACCUAGUGUUCUAAAUUAUUGCGGAAAUUUUCUCUCUCAUUUUGUCCCCCUUCGCCAAGUGGCCUUCAAAUCUGACCCGCUUCUUCUCUAUAUCCUCUUGAUCCUUCAACAUAAAGAGCGAGGAAGUAGCCAGGAGGGGCACAAUACCAAACUAAAAUGUGUCCAGAAAACAUGGAGAAAAAGCAUUAUGUCCUGGUGCAUGGUGCUUGCCAUGGAGCAUGGAGUUGGUACAAGCUCAAGCCACGUCUCGAAUCCGCCGGCCACCUCGUCUCGGUGCUGGACAUGGCGGCUUCCGGCAUCCACCCCGCCAAAAUUGAAGAUCUCGCUUCUAUGUCCGAUUACUCUGAGCCCUUGCUGAAGUUGUUGGCCUCCCUCCCUCCCAAUGAAAAGGUCGUUCUUGUGGGUCAUAGCUUUGCAGGCAUGAACUUGGCCGUCGCCAUUGACCGAUUCCCGGACAAGGUAUCUCUGGCUGUUUUUUUGGCCGCUUUCAUGCCCGAUACACAACAUAAACCAUCCUAUGUCCUGGAACAGUACAAUGAGAGGACGCCGGCCGAAGAAUGGACGGACAUAAAAUUUCGUCAAUGCGGAAGCAUAACCACCCUGUUGUUUGGACCCGAGUCCUUGUCCUCCAAGAUCUAUCAACUCUCUCCCACGGAGGAUCUUGAAUUGGCCAAGGCGUUGAUUAGGCCGGGCUCCCUAUUUCUGGAGGACUUGUCCAAAGUGAACAACUUCUCUGAGGAGGGAUACGGCUCGGUUCCACGUGGUUACAUUGUUUGCGAUGAGGACAAGUUGAUUCCGUUGAAAUUUCAGCAAUGGAUGAUCCAGAACUUUGGGGUUGAUGAGACUGUGGAAAUCAAAGGCGCAGAUCAUAUGGCCAUGCUUUCCAAGCCUCAAGAACUGUGCCAUGCCGGAUUUGCAUUGGGUGCUCAUCAGAUUGCUCGUCAGGUGAUGAGCAUUGGGUGCUCAUCACCUGAUGAGCACCAAAUGGGAACCCGUGCCAUGCCCUCCUGGCUAUCGCUUCAAAGUAUGAUUAGAUUUAUUAAUGUCGUUGCUGUGUGA